AUGUCCCCCACAUGUAUUAUGUUAGAGCACCCACCUGCUAAUCACUGGUGGAGGUGGAUUACUGGGCAGUGGGCACUGUCUUGUCCACAUGUCAUGGUAAUAUUUUGCUCCCCUGAUGUCCCCGAGCACCCAGCAAUGAGCAUCAAAGAGCAAAAUGUUUUUCUUUUUUAUUACUUUCUUCAGUUACUGUUGGCUAAAAAGAUCUGGCCAAAUAAAAUCAAGAGGAUUCCAGCCUCAUGGCAGUGUUUGGACAGGGUAACAACCAGACACAAUCCUGGCUCUUUUGGAGCCUGAAUUGCAAUAUCCUGAUGCCUUGAUCGAUUUGGUACAUGUCCAUUUUGUAAGUAGACCCGCAGGUGUUAAAGGAGGACUGUCACUUCCCAAGAUUUUUAAUAAGAACUGUUUAAUAUCCUAUAAAAAAAAUGGUUUAGUAGGAGUUUAGGCAAUAUGCACUACAGCAUUCCACUUUCUAUUCACAUUUGUGCAGAACUGGACACAAAUGAAGAAGCUUUCCUGAUGGUUUUUGAUAACACAUAUGACUAGUUGUAUUCAUGCAUUUUCAUUAUUUCCUGUCUUGCCACAGAAGCGAGCAGCUACUGUGAAACCUUUACACAUUUUCAUUAGUAAUUUGCAUAUCCCACAAACCUUUGCAUUUUUUUACCUAUUCAACAACUUGACAUCUUGAAUCUUAAAAAACAAUCAGAUAUGCUAGGUGAUCUGAAACUGUACUUAAUGUAUGACCAGUUACAGCAAUGCUUUCUCCGUUGCUGCCAGAAAACUUUGUUCAUUUUAUAACCGCACAUAUUUUAGUUCGAAAUUUUAAAUUGGUAGUCUUAAAUUCUUCUGAUUACUGGGUAUCGUCAAACUAUUAUUUUAAAGAGGAACUGUCACUUCCCAGGAUUUUUAAUAUAAUGUUCACUUAUUCCUCUAUCUAUAAGUCUGUGCUUGAGACGUGUGAAAAAUAAAAUGAAUUUUAGAAAUCCACACAUCUCGCUAUCCUGCAACUGGGCACCUCCAUCUUGGCUUUGUCUUUUGUAUCUGGCAUUCACCAUAGAGAAAGUAUAAAGAGAAGAGUUUCUCCUGCUCAUUUGCAAUGUGUGCUUUGGCUAGUCCUGGCAUGAAUGGUAUUAUGAUUGGAUGGAUUAUCAUUUACUAAAUAUUUUAUACAAAUUUAAUAAAACACUGAGCUUCAAAGAGAUAAAAUUCCACUCCAUGGUCUCCUGGUUUUUGAGUUUUAACUCACACUUUUCCUUUACCGUUAUAUGUCCUCAUGUGUCUUUGCACUUGGGUCUUGCAAACUACUUUUUUUCUGCAUGUUUAUUAUUAUUAAUGUCCAGUUUGUCUGUCUAGAAGAUUCUAAAGCACAUAUACAAAAAUUUUGAUAUGUUCUGUUUUUCUGCAGAAAAGACUGUUCAGUGAAUGUAUCAACGUGGAGAUCGUGACACAAGGACUUGGUAAAGUAGCUCACGUUCCAAAACUAGAUGAAAACCCAAUACUUUGGAAGUUUUACAAGAGACUCUUACAAGCAGAAGUAAAGGCUCAGAACAAAGGAAAAGGCUUGUGGAAACUGGAUAGUCGGCUUGAUGUUUUGUCUAAUAAAAUGCUGAAUAAUAGUGUUGUGCAAAAGCUCAACCAUCUUACCACCUUUAUUAUGAACUACUGGAAAAAGUUCCGAACAUGA